CUUACACCGGUUAAAUGUACAGUAUUUAAGAAAGUCCCCACGCGCACCUCAAACAUCUUCGACUUUUAGACCAAGCAGUAGGUUUUUAAUCAACUUGUUCAAGAUGCAGUUGUAUCAAAUUCUUGGAGUCUCAGUGCUGGGCCUGUUUUUGUGCUAUACCACGGCAGACGCGGAGUGCCAAGCGAGCGAUACAAAGAUAGAUGCAUGUGUGAAGGCGUAUGUUGUAGCCAAUUCAAAUGCGAAAAAUAACACAGCCUGCCUCAAAGAUCAACUGAAGGGGAAGUGUUUUGCUUUCAAAGUUUUCAAAACUUGCCUCAACCUCGGAGAGGAUGCGACGAGUUCCGCUGAAUGCAAGACAAAGAUUUCCAAAGAACUGAUGGAUGAAGGCAUCGCGUGCACUUAUGAUGAAGUGGUCAAAGCAACCAUGUGUGGUGCGUCUGGACUUACCUUCAACCUGGCCCUGUUUGUGAUCACAGCACUGCUGGCCAUUGUCAAGUUCUAGCUAAAGCACACCGUACUCACUCGAAAACUCAACAAUGAAGACAUCUUUAGAUCCGCAAAAUUGACAUGGGUGACCAUUAAGAUGACCUGCUGACCAAUGGCGUCAUCACGCUAAAAACUGAAGCGUGCCACACGCAUAGAAUUCGAUGAUGUUACGAGCUGCAUUCUUACGUCUAGACACUUUGGGCAAACUUCCAAAUUUCAAACAACUGGUGUAUAUGAUGGCGAAAGGUUAUGCUCCAAGAAAUAAUAUGUUAAUGUUGUUACUAACAAUGUUUCGGCCUGUCCUAUAGUUGCGUGAGUAAUAUUGCUUCUAUCUAGUUGUACGCGUGUACAUUUAACAUUUAUUUAGUAUGUCGUAUUCAACUUGAAGAGGGACUUUGUUUCUUAGUCGUGUCCUCAUUCACAGCCUUGGCCUGGUCUGUCUUACAGACCCUGAUACAAAUAUAUCCAAUACAGCCCAUGCAAGUCUAUAAUGUUUGGCAAGUCUAGAUUACUGCAAUAUCUGGAAAUGAAGAGAGUCUUUGGUUCCUUUAAAUUUUAUUAUGUUUUUAUUACGAUAAUUUAGCAACUGUUUUUUUGUGUAAGAUAUGUUCAUUGCAGAUUCUAGUUGAUUGUCUUUGCCCACACGUUCUAAGUGCCACUUUUGAACCAAGGAAGUUUUGUGUGUAAUCAUUAACUGGUGAAUCUUUCUAGGACCGCCAGCCGAGCCUAGUUCCUCUUUAACGGCCAUAUUUGACGGAGUGUGUUGGAAGUUGCUGAGAUGUCCUGUCUUUGAAGCUACUCACCACUCCUGACCUUUAAGCGCUCAUAUAAAAACUGUCAAUAUUAAUCUGUCGUCGAAUACAUGACCUUAUAAUAUUUAGAACGUAAGUUGAAGAGAGAGAUUUGGUUUAACGUUUUGGCUUAACGUUGCGUGUCCAAUUACUCUUCAUGUAUUCUCAUUGUACGACUUUCACCAUUGCCUGUUAGCUUGUGAAAUACAUGUAUACAUUUUAUUGCUUGUUGAGAAAUAAAACAAAUAUUAAUAAA